CUUUCCACCCUGAUCUGCCGUCUUUCUCUGCUGGAUGGUCAGCCGGGCUUGAAGGUCGCGUCGUCAAGAUCCUCUUAGAAGGCGGUCAGAAAUCCAAAGCGAUGGAUCUGAUUCCAGGUCGCUGCUAUACAAUUAAGAAUUUGAGGAUGAUAAAAAAAGCGAACGCAAAACAUAUCCAUGGUCGUCUGGGUGGUGACGAGCAACUAAUCACCCAGAUAGAUGAUAUGAUGGACGAUGAUGUCAAAACAUUGCUCAAACGAAAAGAUCAGUGGAAGCGAGAAAUGGAACGGGAUAGAUGCUCAAGCACACCUGUAGUGCCACAUACGGAAGUACCGUCCAAUGACGUCUUAGAUAGCGCUGCUGUGGUCGCUUCCGAGCCAGCUCAACAAAGCAACACUAUCUUAAUCAAAGACGUGCUUGCCAGUGAUACUUGUCCAAAUACAUUUCGGAUCGUUGGUCGCGUUACCGACUAUUUCCCUUUUGAUCUGUACGAUUUUGUCUUUCUCUGGUGUACGAACUGCGAAACGGAGGUACCUUCAAAUUGCAGACAAUGCUUAAAGUGCGACGACUUGGCCACUAGUAAUGUGAAGUGUUUGUAUCGCUUCUUUUUAAACAUAAAAGACGAUUCAGGCGCGAAUGUCCAAGUGGCUGUGUGUAACGAGGAGUGUCCAUUGCUCAAAGGCCUUCCACCGGUAGACCUUCGUGACAAUAAGGACGCCCUGAAAAUGUUUACGGAACGCCUACGACCUGUCAUUGGCAAUCUGGACGAUGCUCACAAGUCAUGGCUUGACAAGACAAACAUCAUUGAUGUCGUGACCCCAAAACUCGAGUUCACGAUUGACAGUUUUGAGAUAGAAGAUGGGAAUGCGCGAUCAUACAGUCUCAUCGAUCAUAGGACCUCGUAGUAAUGUAGUGGUUAUAUAUCCCUCUGGACUGCAGGUCAUAUUUUCCAGUAAUGCAUUACUUCUCAUUGUAUUUCUUAUCGCAUAUUUAAUGUUAUGUACUGUGCUAUAUUAAUGAACUUUUUGCCAG